CGGCGGCUGCGGCGGCGAAGCUGGAGCGGCGGUGGCGGCGGCGGCGGGAGGCCGGGGCUGAGGCUGGGGCUGCGAGGCCCGCGGGGCGGCAGGCGGCGGCGGCGGCGGCCCGGAGCCCGAGCCCGGAGGCGGGGUCGGCCGCUAUGGCCGAGAGCAUCAUAAUUCGAGUCCAGUCCCCAGAUGGGAUAAAGCGGAUCACAGCAACAAAGAGAGAAACUGCUGCAACAUUUCUGAAAAAGGUUGCAAAGGAGUUUGGCUUCCAGAAUAAUGGCUUCUCAGUUUACAUCAAUAGAAAUAAGACGGGAGAGAUAACAGCAUCGUCUAACAAAUCCCUCAAUCUGCUAAAAAUCAAGCAUGGCGAUUUGUUGUUCCUGUUUCCCUCGAGCCUUGCUGGACCCUCGUCUGAAAUGGAGACGUCUGCUCCCCCGGGGUUGAAGGCUUGUGGUGCUCCCAACGUGGUGGAAGAUGAGAUCGACCAGUACCUUAGCAGGCAGGAUGGAAAGAUCUACCGCAGCCGUGAUCCGCAGCUAUGCCGACAUGGCCCUUUGGGGAAGUGUGUGCACUGCGUUCCUCUAGAGCCGUUUGAUGAGGACUACCUGAACCAUCUUGAGCCUCCCGUGAAGCACAUGUCCUUCCACGCCUACAUCCGGAAGCUGACUGGAGGGGCUGACAAGGGGAAGUUCAUCGCCCUGGAGAACAUUAGCUGCAAGAUCAAAUCUGGGUGUGAGGGGCACCUUCCUUGGCCCAGUGGCAUCUGCACCAAGUGCCAGCCAAGUGCCAUCACACUGAACAGACAGAAAUACAGACACGUGGACAAUAUCAUGUUUGAGAAUCACACAGUCGCUGAUCGCUUCCUUGACUUCUGGAGGAAGACGGGGAACCAGCAUUUUGGGUAUUUGUAUGGACGGUAUACAGAGCACAAAGACAUUCCGCUUGGCAUCAGGGCUGAAGUAGCUGCCAUUUACGAGCCACCCCAGAUUGGUACACAGAACAGCUUGGAGCUCCUCGAAGACCCCAAAGCCGAGGUAGUCGAUGAGAUUGCUGCCAAACUCGGCCUGAGGAAGGUUGGCUGGAUAUUUACAGACCUCGUCUCAGAAGACACCCGAAAGGGUACAGUCCGGUACAGUCGAAAUAAGGACACAUAUUUUCUGAGUUCAGAAGAAUGCAUCACUGCAGGAGACUUCCAAAAUAAACACCCCAACAUGUGUCGGCUGUCUCCAGAUGGACACUUCGGAUCCAAGUUUGUCACUGCAGUAGCUACAGGUGGUCCCGACAACCAGGUCCACUUUGAAGGGUACCAGGUGUCCAAUCAGUGCAUGGCCCUGGUCCGUGACGAGUGCCUACUGCCAUGCAAGGAUGCCCCUGAGCUCGGCUAUGCCAAGGAGUCUAGCAGCGAGCAGUAUGUGCCAGAUGUGUUUUACAAGGACAUAGACAAGUUUGGCAACGAGAUCACCCAGCUGGCCCGCCCCCUGCCCGUGGAGUACCUGAUCAUAGAUAUCACAACAACUUUCCCCAAGGAUCCAGUUUAUACUUUUUCUAUUUCACAAAAUCCAUUUCCUAUUGAAAACCGGGAUGUGUUGGGUGAGACACAGGACUUCCAUAGCUUGGCCACCUAUUUGUCCCAGAAUACCUCAUCCGUAUUCCUGGAUACUGUCUCGGAUUUCCACCUCCUGCUGUUUCUGGUCACCAACGAAGUAAUGCCUCUGCAGGACAGCAUCAGCUUGCUGCUGGAGGCCGUGAGGACCAGAAAUGAAGGGCUUGCCCAGACGUGGAAGAAGUCCGAGCAGUGGGCCACCGUUGAGCAGCUGUGCAGCACAGUCGGCGUGCCCCUUCCAGGCCUCCAUGAGUUCGGAGCCGUUGGGGGCUCCACGCACACCGCCACAGCCUCCAUGUGGGCCUGCCAGCACUGCACCUUCAUGAACCAGCCGGGCACCGGCCACUGCGAGAUGUGCAGCCUUCCUAGGACCUAGGGCUCCAGGCCCCGCCAGCGGGACUGGGUCGCCCUGCUCUCCCUGAAGCCAGGAUCGACGUGACCAUGCCCACUGUGGGCAGCCCUGAAGGGCAGGGUGGGCUGGUGGCCCAGGGUCUCUGACCCAUGGAGCUUUUGGCACCAGCUGCCUCGCUGGAGGUAGGGAGGCAGGCUGCAGCCGUGCGGGAUGAAACCCGGCUCCUGGUGGAGGUGCAGGGCAGCCUCUCCUGGAUGCACAAGCCCCUUGGUGGUAGAAGGACGGGGUGCCUCAGUCAUCGCCUGGAGCUGGCGGGCGCGGGGAGGGCUUGCUGCUGCCUCCCAGCGUUCUUUUUCCUUCCUUUUGGAUGCUUUUUGUUCUUGCCCCUCCCUGGUGUUGGGUGGGCCUCGGGCCGAGCCUGCCUGUGAGGGCCCCUCCCUCCCCUGCUGCUAUGGCGAGCGGCUGUGGGCUCCCCAGCCCCGGUCUCCUCCAUCUGCAGAUUAAUCUUCCCACCCUUUUUCCUGCUCUCACCCCACAUCCAGGUGGGACUUGGAAAGUCUGCAUUGGUUGUAAUAACAGUUACCAGUAAUUCCUGCCCAGGAGACUAUUUAUUUUUUUUUUUUAAGAUAAAAACUGCAUAAAAGGGGAGAGAGAGAGAGAGAGACUAGUGUCCACUUCCUUCCCCCACCUUCAGUGAGUCCCUGCGGAUGUGUGCAGGGUGGCUGAGUGUAGAUGAGGCCGACCGUCAGUUGUCCUCAGAAGUAAACCUCAGUGCCUGAGACUUCUGCCUGGCCGCCCAGCCACAACGCUGCGGACACGCCAGUCCCAGCAGGAGUGCAGGGGGGCUGCCGUCGAGCAGGGCAGCGGCUCUGGUCCCCUUGGCCCUGCACACUGUACCUUCCCGUUGUCCUGCUGGCCCCUGAGACAGUUUCAGAUGAAGGGUAGGGGCAAUGCCUGCUGCAAGGGCCACAUGGGACAGCUCACGGGGGCAUCGGAGAGUUGGCACUGCUGAUGGUGUGAGGUAUGGGCUGUCCUAGGACAGAGGUCAUGGUUUGACUUUGCACAUGUGCCCUGGGGUCCCUGAUUUCUUCUGUGACUAGGCUGUGGUCUGGCCCUUGCCCCGGGAGUUGUGGGCAUCUUGAUGCCCCUUUGCCUUAACCAGAGCUGACUCUGAGCUGCACUGCACCCACAGGAGAGGCUAGCACUAACAUGACCAUGCCGGGGACUUCAUACAUCUGCCCUGGAAGCAGAAGGGCAGGCUGUGGGUAAGAGAGCAGUGUGGGCCUCUCAUGGUGAGGGUUGGGCCUGGCCAGGGCAGGGCUGUCAGUGCUGGAGGGCCAGGAGAGGCGGAGGAGCCGUCCGAAGCUCUGCGCCCGCUCGCGCGUCUCCCAGCCUGGCUGCUGGGACUGUCUGGCCUUGCUCUGGGCAGCUGCGCCAGCAGAGCUCCAGCCCCUUCCUGUCUGCUCCAUGAUCAGAUGUGAGGGUGCGCAUGGGCACGGUGUCCCUCAGCCCCGUGCCGCACCCCUGCUGUCUCCCCGCUUGGGGGGAGGGCCGGAGGGCGCCAACCUCUGAGGCCUCGCUGCCGGUCCCCAUGGAAGGGCUCUCCUGCUUGCUCUUGCCUUUGUCCACCACGCCCGCUUCCUUUUCUCUUCCACUAUCUCCUUCACUCUGAAGCUGUGGCAUCUGCGUGAUUCUUUUUCUGCUGUUUUUUAGCUAAAGAAAAAGCAUUGUAAUUUC